UUCAAUAGCACUCAGCCGUUUGGCUUGCCCAAGACGGACUCAUGGACAUCAUUUCCGGUGGUGAUUUGGCGUGGUUCGUUGCAACACUACUCCUGGGACUGAUCAUUCUCGCAGUCCUGUGGCCGUCUCUUUUCCAAAAGGAGGCCGCUGACCAAAGUGAGUCUUCCUGCGGAGAUGCGAUUGCAUCACGUCAAGGUGAGAGAGAAAGGCCUCCAGCACCGGAACACACAGAGGCACCAUCCGCGCAGCUGGCUGGGCCUUGCAACGAGCCAAAGAGUGUCCCACUAGGCCCACCUUUGUGCAGAGACCAUCAGCUGUGGCUUUUGCGCCUUCAAGCAGUUCAACGCUUCAUGUCAGAAGCCAACGACUGCAAUGAGCGUGACAAGAUCAAGCGACAUAUAUGGCGCUGUUUGGAUGAUCGACCAAGUGUGAUUGCUACUGGGUGCAGUGACGGGCAGGCGCGAAUCUUCAGCUUGGAGUCUCCGGGAAAACCGUUGGUGAGCGUUCGCCACGAUGCCACGAAUCGGGAUCCGUUGUAUUCAGUGAGCCUCACGCAUGGCGCCAAUGGGCCGCGAUUGCUCACCGGAUCUUGGGAUGGGCGAUGGCACGAAUGGGAGUCCUGGCCAGCUCGGCCGGCAAGACCAGCAGAGUUUCUGAGAGGCGAACCAGGUGUCGGUCAUGACAACCAGGUAACUGCCCUUGCCUUGAGCCGCGAUGGCAAUUACCUUGCCUGUGCAUGCUCUGCUGGCAAGGUCUUGGUGUAUCGGCGCAAUUGCCCGACACGUGAAAUUGAGCUGUUGGACUUCGAUGACGUGAUGGAGCUGAAAGAUUCGCUGAAGUUGGGUGACCACGGAGAAUUUGUGGUGCAGAGACGCCUAGAACUGGCAGAUGGCAGCGUUGUCGUUGAGCCACAGGACCAGCUGUUGCCCGAAGCGAGCCUUGAAGGAUUCAAGCGGCGCUCAGAGCUUGAUGACGUCGAGCUGCCUGCACGGUUCAGAUUUCGCUUUGUCGGCUGCAUGACGCAAGGUUUUCGAAGGGCUUGGCGGAGCCUUGACCAUGAUGCAGCUGUUCUUUGCAUGAUCCUCACGGCCGAAGGUUCCUCCGAGGUGCUCUACUCUGGUUCCAGGGAUCGGCAAAUUCGCAAAUGGUCCUUGCAGGAUGGAAACCUGCUUGCCAAAUACACUGGGCAUUCCUCCAUGGUCCGUUGCCUCGCAGUCAACUCGUAUUUGGCGAGUGGCAGUGAUGACCGCAGCAUCCGAGUUUGGCGAAGGGAUGCAACAGAAUGUGUUCGUGUCAUCGCCGCGCACAAAGACUUUGUUCGUUCGAUUGCUUGGUGCAACGUAUUCGCAGAGCGCAUGGUGUCUGCAGGGGACGAUCGUGCUAUAACGUUGUGGAAUACAGAGACUGGAGAGAUGCUAAGACAGUAUCCACAAGAUUCUCCGGCAGUUGCGGUUCUUUUGGCUGGAUCGCGUUUGGCAGCAGCCUGUGAGGAUGGCCGAAUGCGGAUCUAUGACACUGAAUCGACGGCUUUGCUGCACACUGUGAAGCAUCCACAGCGGCUGGCGAGUCUGGCUUGGCUGAGAGUGAACUUGUCAUGAAUCCCUGCGACUGACUCUGAUCAUUUUAAGGUUCUGAAAUCAUUUUGCAAAAUAGAUGUGGGCUGGAAGAGGUCCAAAGAUGCCCUACAGCUAGCCCAACACAUGCGCAGCGAGCAAAUACUGCUCGCAGUCAACGACAGAUGUGCUCAAGGGAACAGAACUCGGUGA